CAGAAACACCUGGGCGCCCAGUUAUCAGCGGGUACAUGACAGGUGAGGUGCUGAGGGAGGGCGAGAGCCGAGUUCUCACCUGUCAGGUAAUGGGUGGACACCCACACCCUUGGGUCACCUGGUACAGACACGGUCGACCCAUCAACCUCACUUCUAUGAUGAGAGAUACACUUGCUGUCUCCCUGACCUCGCCAAGAGUUACCAGCAGGAGACUGGAGGAGGAAGAAGUGAGGGUGAAGCAACUAGUGAGAGCGACGCGUGAGGAGGACGGGGCGGUGUAUGAAUGUCGCGUCAACAGUCAUCUGUCAGAACAAUCACUCACCACCAACGUUACUCUCACCGUACAUUAUGCACCUAGCACAGUUACUGUGAAGGGUCCUCGUGUGAUGACUGAUGACCAACACUUAACGCUGACCUGCUUCACCAACCCCGCCAAGCCUCCAGCAGCUAUCACCUGGCUCAUACAAGGGACUGAAAUUGGAACCGGGUUGUCUACAGUGAGAGAAGAUGAAGGUGGCGGGUGGGUAACGUCUUCAAAGUUGACCCAUCACUUACCAGAGUCACACAACAUAACUCAGGUUACAGCAGAGUGCAGAGCUCACCACUCAGCCACACGUAAAGUCAUCAACAAACGGUGGAGCCUAAAAGUCAUCAAGCGUCCUGGAAAGCCGGUGGUGAAGAUAGAAGGAGGUGAUGGAUCAGAGGUGGUAGCUGGCUCGAGAGUCCGUCUGUUGUGUUCCAGCCUGGGAGGCCGUCCCCAGCCCAGCGUCACGUGGGUACUUAGCCAAUAAUGCCUAUUUUCCUGCACGCAUUUUCUUUAUGAACUUUCUCGAGUUACAUAUUCUUGUAAACAUUAUCUAUUGCACUUAGACGACUCGUAUAUUCCUGCACACAUUACACAGUCUGUAUAAUCGCGAUUU